CCCUACGAACCGGUUCGCCGUUCUUUCAAUGAUUUAUAUUUCAUUCCCGUGCGAAACAAGUUCUUGGAAAGCCCUCCAGUAAAGCUACAAGGGAAAAGCCUUUAUCGGGACGUAGCGUUCAGCCCAAAAUAGGGAGGUUGCGAGCAGAUUUCCGGCGAGCUCGUCUUUUCCGUUUUUCACACAACUAAGCACUGCUAGUCAAGCUCGUUUUUUUUUAGCUCGCUUUUCCGUAUUUCACGCAACUAGCGCCUGUUAGCUGGUCAGCAGGCUUAUAUCAUCCUAGUCCUGACAGGACAGAUUUUUGCACUCACCACCCCACACUGUUUUUGGUUGUCACUGCGGUAUCGAGGCUAUCCUGGGUACAACAACAGUUUGCAAGACGUAAAGGUGAUCACAGAUCAGGUCCGUGUUAUUUCGUGACGGGAAAUUCUCCUCAAUAUCCUUCAGAUGUGAUGAUGAGGGAGCCUUCCACAGAGGAGUUUUUUGACUAUCUAUUCAAGAUCGUGCUCAUAGGUGACCCGGGAGUGGGUAAAACUUGUAUUGUACAACGUUUUCGUAGCGGGACAUUCGUCGAAAGAUAUGGCUCAACCAUCGGAGUUGACUUCACAAUGCGAUCCGUACAAGUCGAUAACAAGAAAAUUAAGCUUCAAAUAUGGGAUACAGCCGGCCAAGAGCGUUUUAGAACAAUAACACAAAGCUACUAUCGAAGUUGCAAUGGUGUGAUUAUCGCAUAUGACAUUACUAAAUGUGACACAUUCAAAAAUGUUAUCAGAUGGGGUGAAGAUGUACAAAAAUAUGCUCCUCAAAAUGCUAUUAAAUUACUUGUUGGCAACAAGAAGGACUUGGAGAGGGAAAGAGAAGUUUCUAUAGAGGAUGCUGUCAACUGUGCCUCACAUUAUGGGAUGUUGGAUGUGUUGGAAACCUCAGCCAAGGAUGCAACUAAUAUUGAAGCAGCAUUUUAUCGGCUGGCGAGAGAGCUAAAAAAUCGAUGUGAAGAGGGCUCUGGUCUUGAAAACAUUGAUGAUGGUGGCAUAACACUGGAUUCUAGACAGGUCCAUAGAAAGUGGAGCUGUUGUACCUGACUGCAAGUUGAAAUGAAUAAACAAAGUGAAAUUUUCAAUACCAAGAUGCUAGGUCUUUAAUGAUAAUUACAAAGCUGUGUGUCUAAACAUUUUAUUAUUGUUAGGUAAGUCAGAGGAUUGGGGUUUAUUUAAAGAUCAUCUUAUUUAUGGAUAUAAUUCAAAACAAAUUAUAAAAUUACAUAUGGAUAGUUUGGAGUUCACUGAAGCCAAGAUUUGCUGGGUGAUACAAUAGUAUAAACUACUUUUGGUGGCUGAAGGGUAGGUGGGUUCCCAUCACUAUCCUGCUAACAGAGUGUGAGUCCUUUUUGCCUUAAUGCAGUCUACUCGCCGAUUCCUGAUUUCAAAACACGAGUAGCCAAACCCAUGAACACAAAUCCAGGAAUAUGGCCUGCUGGCCAGCUCUCAUUUGGGAUUAUUUGGAAAUGUUUUGUUGCAGAAUAUUGGGAAUCAUGUGAUGCCACAAAGGCUGAAUUGCGCUAGGAUUCCAUAUUUGAAAACAAAACAUUUCUGACUAAACCCUGAAUGAGAGCUGGUUUAGAACAAUGAGUAACACUAAGGAAAAUUAUGCUGACCCACCCCUAGCUAAGAACAUAAAAGAGAUCUUAAUCUCAAAUGGUGUCCUUUUUUGUAAUUUUAUGAAAGAAUUUUAUGGAUUAGAUGAUACUGGUGAGCUGAAAUUAUGUGGGAUGAAAAAUAUUCUGUUAAUCUUUUCUUCCAACAAACUGUCAUGGCAAGGGAAGUCAUGGCCAAACCAAUGUUAAAAAAAUAGCAUGCUUAUUCAUAUGGAAUGAAACUUUUCAGAACUUUCCUGUAUAUGUACAUUAAAGAGAUAUGUACUCAGCAUGUUUAUUUUUAUAUGUAUUUUUAACUACUCGAUAGCCAUGCUUUAAAAUAGUUUUUAAAUUAAAAAAACACACAUCCUUUCCAGGAAAUUAAAAUUUUAAACCUGGAAAACCACUUAUUUUACCUAAGUGGGAUUUUUAGCUCACAUUUAUGUAUAUAAAUUGUUCUAAAAAAAGAUACACCCUUUUCAAUAGGGGUCAACGCGAACAGCAGAUGGCAAUUGCCAAAUGGCCAUUUUAUAACUGAAAGGUGUUUAUGUGUAGUAACUAUUUGAAAAAAUAAAGGUUAUAAAAUAUUUUAUAAAAAGGGUAUGUUGUAUGUUUUAUUUAUAUUUUCUGAAUUUCAGUCUCCGAACUGCCGUUUAUCAAUCACGAUUUGCUGUUUGCACUGACGUUUUUUUUUUGUUCAAUAGGUGAAUACAAUCAGGAUGUAUAUGCACUUGUUCAUUUUGAGGGGUUUAUAUAACAUACUUCAGUUUUACAAAGUAAAUAUUUUUAGCCAUGUGUUCAAAAAAAACAUUCUUACCAUAAGAGCACCAAAACUGAUGCGAAGAUGAUAAAGAGAAAAAGACUUCACUGAUUUCCGUACUGCUACAGGUCUACAAAAAAAACAUUCUUACCAUAAGAGCACCAAAACUGAUGCAAAGAUCAUAAAGAGAAAAAGACUUCACUGAUUUCCGUACUGCUACAGGUCUACAAAGCUCACUGUUAUAAAUUUAUUUAUAUUAUGUGAAUAGUUUAGUUCAAACCAAUAUUUGUUAUUACAAGGGUAUUAUCAUUAAAAUGUUUUACGAGGGCA